AUGGUCGAUGCUACCAUAACCAAACGACUUCACGUAGGUGGACUCACACCGGCGAUAACCACACAACAUAUCAAAGAGAGAUUCUCAAGUUUCGGAGUGGUCAGUGAGAUUGAGGAGUUGGGGGUCGAUGCGUUAGGCCACCCACGUCCAUUCACCUUCCUCACUCUUUCCACAACCCCCCUCCAACUUAAAAAAUGCCUCAACAUCCUCUCCGGCUCAUUCUGGCGAGGUACUCAACUCCGUCUUGCUGAAGCCAAACCCAAGUACGCUCAACGCUAUGCCAUCCCUACACCUACUGUCGAAGAGAAGAGAAAAGUGCUGGAGAAGAAGAGGAAAAGGGUAGAAUCGAAAAGAGGUGAAGAUGUUGGUAGAUUAUCGCAAGAUUUUAGGUUGGUUAAUUCUACCAUAGCGAAAAAGAAGAAAUUUUGGUUGGUUGAUGAGGAUGAAGGAAAUGGGAGGAUGGUUAGACCUUUGACCAUGAGACCUAGUCAUCCGAUUGGCAAGGCUUUGGUUGAUAACAAAGCUAGGAAAACCCAGGAAGGGAAAAAGAGGGUUGGAGGACCGCCUGGGAGAUUGAGAAGAAGAGUGAUCAACCCUAUUGCGUGGGGAUCAAUAUAUAUCAAAGGAGAUAAAUUGCUUUCUAUCACUGAAACUCAAAAUGAAGAUGAAGCAAGUAUACAGAAAGGUGAAUGGGAAUUUGAAGAGGUUGAUGAUUCCGUUGUCGAUGAAGAUGGGUUGGAUGAAGAGGGGAGAAUGGUCGUCGGGAUAUGGAAAAAGAGAGAUAUGAAUGGUGAGAUUAUUGAAGAAAGUUUGGUGAGAAGUAAAAAAAGGAGAGUAUCGAUUGGAGAAGUUGAUAUAUCGGAAUAUGGGUCGCAGGAUUUUGGUGCUUUAGAAAGUGGAGAAGUAGAUUCCCCGUUAUUUGGGAAUAGGGAUUUGCCCGCAAAAGGAUCAGAAUCACCUUUGUUCCCUUCUCGACAGAUGGACGACGUACAUGCAGACGAAGAAGAAAGAGGAGAUGAUGAGAUUUCAGAGGAUGGAAAUGCGGUAGAAAGAGCAUCAUCACCACUUUUCCCCUCGAGAGUUCCAGAUGAAAACAAAAGCACCGCAUCGUCUUCUUCAUCAUCAUCUUCGGGUAUCGUAGAUCAGCUUGAACAGCAACCCUCUUCACCUUUGUUCCCUACUCGAAGUAUUGAAACCCCUAAUGACGAGGACGAAGCUCAACAACAACCUCCUUCACCUCUAUUCCCCGUUCGAAAUGAUGCAAGCACCGCUCAACAAGCCUCGUCACCUCUUUUCCCUACUCGCGCCCUCAAAAGCAGAUCGCCAUCCCCUCCUCCCCAGCGCAAACCUGUACUUACCCUCCCUUCUCAGAUCCUCGCUUCAGCCCGAGCUGAACGAUCCUCUGCUCUAGGUGUGCUCGGCAGCUUGUUGGGGGAUGUGUCGCCGCCUGCGAAGAAGGAGAAAGUGGUUUGGGAAGUGUAUCCCGAAUCUGAUGAAGAUGAUGAGGUGGAAGUAGGAAGAGGUGGAAGUAAAUCCGCAGUCUCGGAAAUUUCAUCGGUAGCUCAAAAAAAGGUCAGAGAAGAGGUGCUCAUGGAUAAAGAACCUGAGUUGAACUUAGAUGUAACUGUUGACGGGGAUUCUUCGUCUGGUUCUACUAGCUCGAGUGGUAGUGGAUCAUCAAGUGGUGAUUCGGAGGAAGGAGAGGGGAUGGAUGUUGAUCCUCCUGCUGGGAAUGAAGAUGCAGAUGCAAGUUCAAGCAGGAGUGGCAGUGGGAGUGGAUCUAGCUCGAGUGGUAGUGGGAGUGGAGAUGACGAUGACGAUGAAGAUGAAUCAUCUGGCUCAAGUUCAGACUCAGGGUCAGAUAGUGAAGAAGAUUCUGACUCUGAGUCCGAUUCGGAGGACGAAGACGAAGAUAAAGCAACAGAUAAACCAUCUGUGCCAACCAAACCUUCAGGUCUCAAAGAUAUGUUUGCCCCUACGACUUCUACUUCAACCCUAAAUUUCGGUUCCACCUCAGCUUCAGCGGGAUUUUCUCUUUUAGCCAAUUUAGGCGAAGAUAUAGAGCUGGACGAAGAGAUGGAUAUACCUCUACCUCCGGCACAAACCGACCUUCCGACAGGUCACGAACAGGAGGAAGAUGAAUUACAACCUUUACCUCUGAACGUAUCUUCUGGUAGGGGUAAAAUCAAAUUUGAUCCUUCAUCUAGUGAUCUUCCAUUAUUCUUCACUCUCCCCACCGAGGCUGGACCAAUUGGAGGAGAAAGGAAAGGUGAAUCUAGGAAUUUAUAUAACGAAUUACAUAUUGGUAUACCCCCUAUCGCCCAACCUGAAUAUGACCAACAACAAGAAGAGGAGGAAGGAGAAGAGAUACCGAAUGUGCCUCUACCUGGGUUUAGUAGACAACCUGGAGAGAACGAUGAGUCGAUGAAGGCCAAAUGGACGAAUGAGAAGUUGGAAUUGACGCAAGGGUGGAAGAAGAGGUUCAGGGAGGCCAAGAAAUCUAAGAGGAGGAAGGGAGGUGAAGAGGUUGAAUAG